AUGACACAGAAUGUCAGAUCGGGAGACGAUGUUUUGCGUGUGAUACCACCACCAGGCCAGGAAGCUCCGUACGCUCUGGUUUCUCUCUCUUCAUAUCGCAGGGCGUCUGAUUGUUCGUCUAGAUUGCCCAAGCAAGGCGAAAAGAACAUCCUAAUUACCUCUGCACUGCCAUAUUGCAACAAUGUUCCCCAUCUCGGUAACAUUAUCGGCAGUACCCUGAGUGCUGAUGUCUUCAGUCGAUAUAACCGUGCGUGGACGAGAAACAGGCGCACCUUGUACAUUUGUGGAACAGAUGAAUACGGGACUGCGACGGAAACUCAAGCCUUGAAGGAAGGAAUUACCCCGCGCGAGCUGUGUGAUAAAUACCAUGUGCUGCAUAAGGAGACCUAUGAGUGGUUCGACAUCGGCUUUGAUCACUUUGGACGCACUUCUACGCCACUUCAUACCGAAAUCGCGCAAGAAAUAUAUACAAAUCUUGGCAAAAACGGAGUACUGGAGAAACAGGAGAAGGAACAGACUUACUGCGAAGGUUGUCCGAAGUUCCUUGCAGAUCGGUUUGUUGAAGGUAUAUGCCCCCACUGCGGCUUCGAGGACGCUCGCGGAGACCAGUGUGACGGAUGCAGCAGAACACUCGAUGCCAUCGAACUCAUCAAGCCUCGGUGUCUUGUUGAUAAGACACAUGUGGUGACGACUAAAACCUCGGCGCACAUGUACUUGAAACUUGAUGCUAUCCAGCCACGCACAGAAGAAUGGAUUAAAAAGUCAUGGAAAGCAGGGAAAUGGUCUCCGAAUGCGGUGAUAAAUGGUGAUGGGGAGAUCAUUGACGCGCGUUUGAAGAAUGGGUUGAUGCCUACACCUCUGACGCGAGAUUUGAAGUGGGGUGUGCCGGUGCCUAUUGAAGGGGAAGAUACUUUUGGGAUGGCCGGAAAAGUCCUUUACGUGUGGUUUGACGCGCCUAUCGGUUACCCGAGUAUUACCGCCAACUAUACGCCAGAGUGGAAACAAUGGUGGUUCAAUCCCAGAGACGUUGACCUCUACCAAUUUAUGGGUAAAGAUAACGUGUACUUCCAUACCGUCUACUGGCCUUCAGUUCAGCUUGGUGAUGGACGCGACUGGACGAAGCUGCACCAUCUGUCGACAACAGAAUACCUGAAUUACGAGGGUGGCAAGUUUUCCAAGAGUAAAAAUCGUGGUGUUUUCGGACCAGCGGCCAAGGAGACUGGCAUUCCUUCGUCCGUGUGGCGAUAUUACCUGCUGUCGACGAGACCAGAAACGGCCGACGCCAUGUUCUCAUGGCCAGAAUGUGUGAGUCGAGAAGGUCGAUCUAUUUUACGCAGCUUUGGCAACUUUGUCAACCGUGCCCUUAAAUUCGUCUCGUCUCAGUAUGACGGCGUAAUCCCAGAGAGCGGAGACCCGCCAGGGCCCUUGUCACCCAACGACCCUCUUGACGGAGAAUUCAUCUCCAUCGUCAACAAUCUGCUUCGAGACUACAUCGACGCCAUGGAAGCAGUGAAGCUCCGCUUGGGUCUGCAAAUAAUCAUGCUCAUCUCCAACCGUGGCAAUACCUAUCUCCAAUCCUCCGGCCUGAAUAAGGCUUUGAUGGCAGAGAAUCCCACACGAUGUGCGCAGGUCAUCUCACGCGCAGUCAAUCUCAUCUAUGUAUUGUCAUCCCUCAUCUACCCCUUCAUGCCUGCUACAUCCGACUCCAUCAUUGCUCAACUCAACGUACCAGCGCGGGUUGUCCCUGAAGUGCUUUCAACCGACAUCCUUGCGGGGCAUACAAUCGGAAAGCCAGAACAUCUGUUCAAGAAGAUUGAGGAGAGUAUGGCGGAAGUCUGGCGCAUCAAGUUUGGUGGCAAUGAAGUUGCAGCUGGUCCAGAGGUGGCAACCCCCGACCCAUUGAAAGCUGACCCUGGCAAGUCAAAACGGAAAGUUGCUGCUGCUUCGAAGAAGGCCAAUCCCGUCGCCGAUGGCCCGAGAACUCCUGAAGCGUUGGCGUUGGAAGCUAAGAUCGCCGAGCAGGGGUUAGUUGUGCGUGGGUUGAAGGGGCAGACGCCAAAGACACCCGAACUAGAAGAGCAAAUCAAGGCUGCUGUGGAUGUGUUGAAGGCGCUGAAAGUUGAGCUGGAAACUGAACUGCAGAAGGGGUCAUUGUAA